AUGCCUCACGACACUGUCAUGACGAGACGCGAGGACAGCCUGGACGAGCCGAUAUACGCGCAAUACCGAUUCUCACAAACAGUGCCCUCAGGACAGGGCAUUGCGCCGCAUAUCAGGCUUCUGAGCGUAUUAGAAGAUAUUCUCGCAACAGUCCACGGUGACCGCGAUGUACUCAUCUGGAACGUCAAGCGCAACUUGCCUCCUCAGCGCAUCGAGAUUGCAAUCGUCCUCGACUUCAUUACGGGCAUUGCUAUCUCGCCAGCAAGCAGCAACAUCGUCGCGCUGUCUUUUAGAUUGGGGCCCAAAUGCGAGGUAUGGACAUUCAACUGGGCAGACCAAGUCGUCGAGGCAAUGUUCACGACGGGAUUGGACCUCCACUCACCACAGUUCUCGCCUGACGGUCGAUUGCUCGCCUGGAUAUCGGCCGGAUGCGUCGAUAUUUGGGAGACGAUCAUCAACACACAUGUCCAGACAAUCAGCAAAAGCAAAAAAGCCACCAGCGGGCGGUCGGUUUCCAGGUUCGCAUUUUCGUCGGAUUCGAGUCGAAUCGCAACAGUAGAUCAGUCGGGAAGGCUGGCUAGCUGGGAUGUCGCAACGUGGUCGUAUAUCGGCGAAUCCAAGGUUCAGCCGGCGAUAGACGACGAUGGGUGGGAACGGGUGCAGCUCGUCACGGACAACAGGCGUGUUAUGAUGGUCUCUCGUGAGGUGAACGAAGUUGCGCGAAGGUGGAGGCUGACAACAUGGUGGCCGAGUAGCGAUAACAGGUCGGAGCUCGAGAUGGACGCAUGUGUGUAUGGAUGCGUUCCUGGAAAUUGCGCCUUCGUUGCGACGGUGCAGUCGGACGGGGGAAAGCUGCGAAUCCGCGACACGAACAACGGCAUGUGCUUCGAUCAAUCGACUCAGGGCAUAGCGAAACGCGGCAAGACACCCUUGGUGGUGAUGGGUGGCAUGGUGAUGAGUGGAAAGAUUAUGGUGACACAACUUGCCAACGGAAGGACGACGAUAUGGCAAUUGGUGGCCACGGAAUAG